GAGCUCUUGCCUUUUACCAUGGCUAUAGACAGCAGCAUGCCUGCGACAGUCAUCGGCAAGGCCGAAUUCUCCAACACCAAAGCCGCCAGCGAAUUCGGUACUGAUCUAUCGCGAUGGCGGCUCAACGUCGACAACGGCCGGCACAUGUGGGUGUAUCUCGAGUCCGAGGAUGAAGCCAGAAAACGACCGCAAAGUUUCCUGGAAGAGUACUGGCUGGGUCUACCGUAUGAGCUCCCUGCGCGGCCUCGCGCCACCCACGCCCUGGAGGCCGUGGAAAACGGAUGGGAAUUCUUCAAGCGCCUGCAGACAGCCGAUGGGCACUGGGGAUGCAACGAUGACGGCCCCCUGUUCGUCACUAGCGGGAUGGUCAUCGCAAGGUACAUCGUGGGGAUCCCGAUAGACUCCCACAUGAAGCAGGAAAUGUGCCGGUACUUACUCAACGUGGUCAACGAGGACGGCGGAUGGGGCCUGUUCAUCCAGUCCCCGUCGACCGUCUUCGGGACGGUGAUGAACUACUGCAUGCUGAGGAUCCUGGGGCUGGGGCCGGAGCAUCCAGCGAUGGCAAGGGCGCGCAACACCCUGCUCCGACUGGGAAGCGCGAGGGCCACCCCGACCUGGGGCAAGUUCUGGCUGUGCGUCCUCGGCCCGUUGCUCGUGCCUGCAAGUUUGCCCUUCAAUCCGGGGAAAUGGUGGGUGCACACUCGUAAUGUCUAUAUCAGCAUGAGCUAUCUGUACGGCCAUCGAUUCUCGAUGCCGCCCAACAAACUCGUGCAGGCUCUGCGCGACGAGCUCUACGACAUCCCCUACGAGCAGAUUAACUGGCCAGCGCAGCGCACCAAUGUCAGCGCCGCGGACCGUCUCACAGACUCAACCUGGAUCCAACGCAGUUUUACCUCUGCUCUGACGACGUACGAGACCCUCAAGAUCCCCUUCCUGCGGCGUCGCGCGCUCAACGAAGCUCUGUUCCAGAUCGAAACGGAAACUCGCAACACCCACUAUUUGUGCAUCGCGCCCGUGAGCUUCGCCUCAAACAUGCUGGCGCUGUAUCAUGCCCACGGCCGGGACAGCCACUGGAUCCGCGGCAUGCGCGACCGGUUCAUCGACCCGAUGUGGCUGUGCCGCGAGGGUCUGGCCGCCUCCGGCACAAAUGGGACCUCGCUGUGGGAUACGGCGUUGACGGUGCAGGCCACCAUCGACGCCGGACUAGCCACGCGGCCCGAAAACCAAGCCAUCCUGCGCAAAGCCCUCGAAUUCAUCGACAACUCGCAGAUCCGCGAGGACCCCCUUGGCGUGCACCACGUCUACCGGCAGCCGACUCGCGGCGCCUGGCCCUUCAGCACGCGCGACCAAUCGUACGCCGUGUCGGACACCACCGCUGAGGCCGUCAAGGUCGUCGUGCUCCUGCAGCGGAUCGAGGGCUUCCCCGCGCGCAUAUCCGACGAGCGGCUCCAGCAGGCCAUCGAUCUGAUACUGGGGAUGGAGAAUGCCGGUGGCGGGUUCUCGGCUUAUGAGCCCGUGCGGGGCCCAAAGCUCUACGAGAACGUCAUGACGGAUAAUCUGUAUCCGGAAUGUACCAGCUCCGUGAUCAUGAGUCUGACGACGUUCGCCCAAGAGUACCCUACCUACCGAGCACGUGAUAUUCAGGCCUGCAUUUCCCGGAGUGUCGACUACCUGCUGCGGUCUCAGUACCCGAAUGGCGGCUGGUUCGCCAGUUGGGGAGUCUGUUUCACGUAUGCGACCAUGUUUGCGCUGCAGGGACUGGCCUGCGUGGGUCGGGAUGAGUCCAACUGCGCCGCGUGCCAGCGGGCUUGUAGUUUCUUGCUGCAGCACCAGAAUCCCGACGGUGGGUGGGGUGAGAGCUUGGAUACCGUUCGGUUCAAGCAGUACCUCCCCCAUGCGGACGGGAGCCAGGUGACUAAUACCGCCUAUGCGGUGAUAGGAUUGCUAGCGGCACGAUGUGGGAACCAUGAGGCAGUUCGUCGUGGUGUGGCGUAUCUUAUGAAGGAGCAGCAGGAUACCGGGGAGUGGUUGCCGGGGGCGCUGGAAGGAGUGUUUGCUCCUCCUGGGGGGAUGCGGUAUCCGAAUUACAAGUUUCACUUCACCUUGAUGGCACUGGGAAGGUAUGCCGCGGUCUACGGAGAUGAAUGUCUAGCUGCGCAACUAGUAUGAUACUGAGUGGUGCCAAUUAUUGCCUUUAUAGUCAAGUAGCACGCAUGUCUCAUAGUCACCGCAGCUGUGAUAACCAGCUUGAGCAAUUGGAUGCUAGUCUCUUAAUCUUCAGCUCACAAUUCUCCACAGGGAUAGGAAGGCCCUUAUUUGGCUGUCCAUGUGAUGAUGUCUAGCUUUCUUUUGUUCCUGGUCCAUACAUGUCAAAUACGUCUGGUAUACUGUAUCUGGAGAUUAACUCCGUCACGCUUCGGGAU